AAUUUACGUGUCACCCACAUCCGCACAAAGCUCUCUGGGAAAGAGAGUCCACUCGCUAAAUAAUUCAAGCCUGUUCUCUUCGCUGUGAACAAGAUGCCGGCCGUCCAUAAAUUGCUUUUAGAGGAGGCUUUGCAGGACAGUCCUCAGACUCGCUCCUUGCUCAGUGUGUUUGAGGAAGAUGCGGGAACACUCACAGACUACACCAACCAGCUGCUUCAGUCUAUGCAGAGGGUUUAUGGAGCCCAGAGUGAGAUGGGAUUGGCUACAGAACAGCUGUCCAGUCAGCUACUGGAAUAUGAGAAGCAAAAUUUUGCCCUUGGUAAAGGUGACGAGGAGGUGAUCAGCACACUGCAGCAAUUUGCCAGAACUGUGGGGGAGCUGAACACACUACACUCAGAGCUGGCCUCUCAGAUGGCUGACGGAAUGAUUUUUCCCAUGAUCCAGUUCAGAGAGAAAGACCUUACAGAGAUAAGCACAUUAAGAGAAGUAUUUGGCAUCGCCUCUGAUGAGCACGAGGCUGCCAUGGUCAAGUACAGCAGACUGCCCAAGAAGAAGGAGAAUGAGAAGGUGAAGGCAGAGUUGGUGGGGGAGGUGGCCUACUCCAGGAGGAAGCAGCACCAGGCCUCCAUGCAGUAUUACUGUGCCCUCAAUGCCCUGCAGUACCGCAGGAGAGUAGCUAUGCUGGAGCCCAUGCUGGGAUACACACAGGCCCAGAUCCAUUUCUAUAAGAAAGGCAUGGAUCUAGUCUCAAAGAAAAUGGACAGCUUCCUGGUGUCAGUGUCCAGCAUGACACAAAGUAUCCAGGCUCAGUUGGACUCGGAGGCUGAGGCCAUGCGUCUGACCCAGCGAGAGCUGCUCUCCAUGGAGGAUACUGUGUACAUGCCUGACCGUGAUCCCGUCCCAGUCAACCGCACGCUUAUACAGAAGGCAGGCUACCUCAAUAUCAGGAAUAAGACGGGCCUGGUGACAACCGCCUGGGACCGCCUUUACUUCUUUACCCAGGGAGGGAACCUCAUGUGCCAGCCGCGAGGGGCUGUGGCAGGGGGUAUGGUGCUGGACCUGGAUAACAGCUCUGUCAUGGCCGUAGAGUGCGAGGACAGACGCUACUGUUUUCAGAUCACCUCCCCCUCCGGUAAAACGUCAAUGAUUCUACAAGCAGAGAGCAAAAAGGAAUAUGAGGAAUGGAUUUGCACUUUGAACAACAUUUCCCGACAGAUCUACCUGACAGACAACCCUGAGGCAGUGGCCAUCAGACUGAACCAGACAGCCAUCCAGGCGGUCACGCCCAUCACCAGCUUUGAGAGGAGAGGGGAGGGCUCGCCCAACCCAGACAGGGCUAAGCCUGGUGGGGUGCAGUCCUCUAGCAGUGCUCCAGAAGCAGAGGACCUUAUAGUUCCAGGGACACCCAUCCAGUUUGACAUCAUGCUGCCUGCCUCGGAGUUCCAGGACCAGAACAGGGUCGGAGGGAGGCGUACAAACCCAUUCGGAGAAACUGAUGACGACUGCUCCCCUGAAAGCGAUGACUCCCUGCUGCAGCAGGUGUUUGCGGUGCGGUUCCUGGGCUCCAUGGCGGUGCGUUCGGGACAAACCCAGGAAGUGAUCUAUGAGGCCAUGAGACAGGUGCUGGCGGCUCGAGCCAUCCACAACAUCUUCAGAACCACAGAGUCCCAUCUCAUGGUCACCAGCAGCUGUCUCAGGUUGAUUGACCCCCGGACACAAGUCACAAGAAUCAGUUUCCAGCUACAGGAGGUGACCCAGUUUGCGGCCCACCGGGAGAACGGCAGGCUGAUGGGCUUCGUGGUUGAGGGGCGAGACUGGAGCGAGGGGACCGAGGAGGGAGAGCCCUCCUUUAGUGCGUUUGUCUUCGAGAGCAACACGGAGGGAGAGAAGAUAUGUUACACGAUAAGUUUGGGGAAGGAUAUUAUAGAAGCAAAGAAGGACCCGGAGGCUCUAGCUCAGCUGAUGAAAAACAUGCCUCUGACCAACGAUGGCAAGUUCCUCCUGCUGGACAGUGAGACUGGUGACACGGCUAACGGAGGAGCACCGGAUGAGGAGUCUGAGGCCUAGCCAUGCCUCAUAGUACCAGGGGAGAGAGUCAGAGGUUCUCCCACAAAACGCCUCCUCACGUGGGGUUGCGAUGUUCUCAUGAGCCCUUCCCUUUGCUCUAGUCUGGUACAUGUUGACCAGGAAAACCCUCCUGGGUUUAUAUGGCGUCUCUCACUCAUGACCACUGAAGUGAUGUACAGUUACUUAUACAAAAGGGACAAUGUUUAGGUUGACUAUUUUAUCCCUUUAUUUUCCCUGGUGGAAUUAAUAUCCUCAGCCAUCCUGUCAGUUUAAAUCCCUUUCUCCAGCAUGAAUAGGUUUACAUUUCCUAGCUUUGAGUUUAGUGGUACUAUUGUGUUAAUAAUGCUGCAGUAUAAUAUUGUGUAGAGAUGGCUGGCUAUGAAGACUUACAUGUAGGUCUUGUCAGCAGCACUUCAUAUGACAUUUAUACUGUACAUCUUUCAUUCCUAUGUGACCAUAAUGCACUUCCAAGGUUUCUAUUUAAUCAAAGGCUUGAUGUCCGUGGCAGAAUGCACUGACUUCAGACAUUAUCCGGCAACAUUUAUGAAGUAAGGUUUUAAUCUCAAUGAAGGACAGGGGAAGGUACUGUAUAGUCAGAAUCUAAACUCCCAUUCCUUGUUGUCUGGGAGGCAGCGAUGAGAGCAUGAAGAACGUGUUAAUGCUCCAACCAUGUGUUUGAACAGUUGGCAUGGUGGCCUGUUUGGGAGUAUGAAUGAGUCAUGGUAGGGCAGAAACCAAAAUGCAGAAACCAUACAGUAAGAUGAUAGGCACAUUGUGUAAAACAUUGUCCCAUCCAUUUCCUUAGUGCUUUUAUAAACCACUACCUAUAGAAUCUGCUUGGAGCUUUAUUUUCUUACUAGUCAGGCUUCGGAUGGUACUUGGUCUGUGAAAAUAUUUUUAUUUCAACGGCCUUUGCAAAGUAAAUAUGACAUAUGUCAAACAUUGAAGAUUGCACAGAGGUCUGUUAUUUUCUGAAUCAGUAUAAUAUGGAGUGAUACAGCGCAUUAUUUUAUGACGUGCUUCCAGUGGGAAGGUGUCUAGACUGUCUGCCUUUGGUACUGAACCAGAUUCAGAAUAUCUCCUGACUUGUUCCAUUAACCAACUGCAAGUAAGCAGAAUGUCUACCAUUCACCAAUAGAGAAAUGCUAACCUAAACAAGGCCUAGAUUCAAUCAGAUGAAGCGUUAACCGGCGAUAGCAGGCAGCUCCAUAGCGGAUGUUUUGGAGGGGGAACGGCGUUAGUUCCGUUGAAUCGGUGAGCAGCUGCUCUUGCUUGAUUAAUCUCGACCCGGGCACCUGUGUAGGCUUGUUUUUCACCGCCAGGGCAUGAGCCCCAUUCAAAGCCGACGGCGAAGUCGGCUCAAAACAAAAGUGACAUUAUUAAGCACGUGGAGUGAUGAGAAGGAUUGUGUUUUCACCUGCAAAAGAAAACGAGUUUGAAAAUUCAAACAUUUUAUGGAAAAGGGAUGUAUGUUUCUGGACGACGCACCCUGUUGAUAACAUGAUAGAGUGGUGCAGAUUACGGUUUGAUUUGAGAAGGACUCUCCCUCACUGCUUUUGCCCGUUUACGUCACGGGCCAUAGACAUGUCCCGCAGGUGUGAUGUUCGGAUGUACCAAUCCUGGGCAGGUGUUGUUACACGUGGUGUGCCACUGCGAGGACGAUCAGCUGUCCGUCCUGUCUCCCUGUAGCGCUGUCUCAGGCAUCUCAUAGUAAGACAUUGCAGUUUAUUGUCCUGGCCACAUCUGCAGUCCUCAUGCCUCCUUGCAGCAUGCCUAAAGCACAUUCACGCAGAUGAGCAGGGACCCUGGGCAUCUUUCUUUUGGUGUUUUUCAGAGUCAGCAGAAAGGCCUCUUUAGUGUCCUAAGUUUUCAUAACUGUGACCUUAAUUGCCUACCGUCUGUAAGCUGUUUGUCUUAACGACCGUUCCACGGGUGCAUGUUCAUUAAUUGUUUAUGGUUCAUUGAACAAGCAUGGGAAACACUGUUUAAACUCUUUACAAAUUCUUUGAAAGACAGGGUCCUGAAAAAGGGACGUUUCUUUUUGUGCUGAUUUUAUUUCAACUAAACGUCAUGUAUGCGCCAUUUCUGAAUGGGAGAUGCUUUUUUUAUUAUUGUGGAAUAAUAAUGACAAUUGGUCAAAGCUUGACUUUGCGUGGACCGCAAGGUCAUUCAGUGUUGACCAAGGUGUUUACUUGCAUGCUGAGUUGGCAGCUUUAAAACAGCUUGUACUGUGUGUUAUUCUUAGUCUGUCAUUAUCAGGCCGAACUCCAUUCCCUCCUUUUCCCUCAAGGGCUCUCGUGACAUUCUGUUUUAAAUGGCUGUGUCUAGACAGACUGUUUUGCAUUGUUUACUACUUAAAACAUGGAGACAGUUGAGGGGCGAAUCCUUACUUCCACUUAAGUUUUUUAUUAAUGUCAAUGGGAGACUAAGUGAAAAUAUGACUGAAAUGGAAGUUACGAUUCAACCCUAGAGGAUCAAUCUUCUGUAAUCCUCCUUAGUGUCUGCUCUUCAUAUUGCUCAAACUUCCUUCUGCUUUAAGUAAAAUGCACAGUCAGGGAAGAUAUUAACAAGCGAUCUGGAAAAUGUAAAAAAAAAAAAAAAAAAAAAAAUGCAAGUGCAAUGCUCUCUUUUGCAAAUGACCUUUGGUUGUAUAUGACAGUGCUCCCCCCCACAUAACUUUACAUUCAUUGUUUGACCUAUAGGUUUUCCAAAAAUGUUAACAUGCUAUCUUUAAUAAAUACAAGUGACAUUU